CACAAGCUUGAUUUGGUUUACCCUAGAGCCGCCCUUGCCUUUGAAGUUUGAGAAAGAUGCUUAUAAAACGUAUCCUUUCAUUUUCUAUUUCUUCAUAUGGCUUCUCAUCGUUGUCCACCUGCUCGAAUUUGUUAAAAAGCAUUUUAAAGCAAGCAAGAACAUUUUCAGAUGCUGAUAUUAUUGAGUAUACCAAGCUGACACACGACGCCAAUCCAUUGCAUUUUGAUGCUGAAUGCGCCAAAAAUGCUGGUUUUAGUGACCGCCUUGUUCCUGGGAUGCUUGUCGCUUCCUUAUUUCCUAGGAUUAUUGCUGCUCAUUUUCCAGGAGCUGUAUAUGUUUCACAAACCUUGCACUUCAAAUUACCUGUUUAUAUUGGAGAUGAGAUCAUUGCUGAGGUACAAGCAUCAAGUGUUAGACACAUGAAAAACAAGUACAUCGUGAAACUGUCAACAAAAUGUUUCAAAUGUGAUGGUCCUCUGGUAAUUGAUGGUGAGGCAACAGCAAUUUUACCAUCUCUGGUCAUGGAACCAACAAGUACUUCCAGCUGAUCGGAAAAACCUUUGCUUGUCUGCUAAAGUCUCCUAAAAUACUAGCAGCCUGCAUAGUUGUCUGCUUACUAUUAAGAAAUACAUAGGGAAUAAUUGCAAGUUUGCAACCUCGAUGAUAGAAUUUGAUGUCAUUCAGUUCAGAGCCUUUAGGUCAAGUCACCAGUUAGCACUGUUCUGAGCCUUUUGGUUAAGUCACCAGUUAGCACUUGAGCAUGAAAGCGAUUGAGCUGUAAAAUCUUAUUAGUACUCUCUAUUCUGUUUUAUUUCACCUUCCUUUCUAGUU